AUGUUCGUCUCGUGGAACGAGGACAACAUCUGGCCAGAUGUGGAGCUUUACCCAGAAGAGUUUGAGUCGGCCUACAUAGAAUUCACCGUCUAUGCAAGGAAUUGGUUCACUCGGAAUUAUCAAAUCGGCAAAGCUUCGCUCCAACUGAAGAGCGUGAAUGCGCGAACAGGUCAUGUAUAUAUGAAGAAGUCGCUUCCUCUUCGGAAGGAGGGCGAGACUGCCGCAACAGGUAUGAUCACCCUCACAGUCUUCUGCCUGAAGCCGGGCGAGUCGGCGCCACAAGGUGAGGAGGUCAAAGAGGAGGGAGAAGCUGCUGAAGACCUCGAGGACCUGAGCAAAGCAGUGCUGGGAGCUUCUGCAGACACUGGUGACGCGGGCAAGUCGUACCAUGUCCUGGUGAAUAUUUACCGGGCAGAGAACUUGGCCAAGAUAGGCGGGUACAAUCCCAACCCCUUCGUGACGGUGGAAUUCUCUGGUGCAUGCGUGAGAACGACGCCCGCGUACGACGUGGAGCAGUACACCUGGAACGAGUGUGCCAGAAUACCUGUGCAGACACCGGUCUAUGAGGAUACCAUCCUCAUCAAACUCUGGAGUGGGGGCUCUGCCUUAACGAUGACCCCGGAUGCCCUGCGGCUUGUCUCGGACCUCUCGGAGUUCACUUUGCUUGUUACGUGA